AUGGGUAUGAUAGUUUCUUUACCAAUACAGAUGGCCGCCACUUGCUUUUCUUCUAUGGUGGGGUCAUGCUGUUCUUCGUCUUUAUCGUCAUUAGGUUCGCUUACAUCUUCGUCAUUAAUGGUACGUAUAACGUACGCUUUGUGGCUUCUUUUUAACUCUGUGGUGUCAUGGAUAUCGAUGUCUGCGAAUAAAUCCAUUCUAUGGCCAGGAAAGUCGUGUACAAGCACAGGAGAAUGUGGGUUUUUCACCGUUCACCGGUUAAAUUUUGCACUAGGUAUGAUGCACCUCAUAUUGGCAGCUAUUAUGGUCAAUAUCAAGUCCACAAAAGAUGCUAGAGCAACAUUACAGAAUAAAGCGUGGACUUUUAAGUUUAUAUUUUACUUGUUACUGAUUGUUUUGGCAUAUUGGAUACCAAAUGAGUUCUACAUAUGGUUUUCUAGAUGGGUCAGUGUUCCAAGUGGAUUUUUGUUUAUAUUAAUAGGAGUGGUACUCUUGGUGGACUUUGCCCAUGAAUGGGCUGAGACUUGUAUUCAACAUGUUGAGCAAGAAGAUGAGAACUCCGGAUUUUGGCGUAAACUUUUGAUAUGGAGCACCAGUCUAAUGUAUUCCGGAAGCGUAAUUAUGAUGGUUGUAAUGUUUGUAUUAUUCUGCCACGACGGAUGUGAUAUGAACAGAUCAAGUGCAACGAUAAAUGUGAUACUUUCCCUGGUGGUAUCUGUUGCUUCGAUACACCCAAGGGUGCAAGAAUUUAAUCCAAAAUGUGGUUUGGCGCAGAGCUCUAUGGUUUCUGUUUAUUGUACCUAUCUAACCAUGAGUGCCAUGGCCAGUGAGCCUGAUGACAAGUUAUGCAAUCCUUUAGUUCGCACGAGUAACACCAGAAAAUUCAGCACGGUAUUAGGAGCUUUGUUCACUUUCAUUGCUAUCGCUUAUACCACAACUAGAGCUGCAGCAAACAAUGCGCUAAGUGUUAGAAGCGGGGCCAUAUCUCUAUACGAUGAUGAUGUGGAAUACUCGGGAAUUGGUGAGUCACGCAACCAGCUGAGACUACAAGCCAUUAAGCAAGCAGUGGAGGAAGGAGCUCUACCGCAGUCAGCUUUACUUGAUUACGAAGCAGAACAACAGAGGAUGCUAAUGCAUGACGGAUCCGCUAGUUCAGAGGAUGAUGAAUUCCAUGUAACAAAAUACAAUUACUCAUUGUUCCAUUUCAUAUUUUUCUUAGCUACACAAUGGAUCGUUAUACUUUUGACUAUAAACGUGACGCAGGAUGACGUUGGAGAUUUCAUUCCUGUUGGUAGAACAUAUUUCUAUUCCUGGGUUAAGAUUAUUAGCGCAUGGAUAUGCUACGGUUUAUACGGCUGGACCUUAUUUGCACCAAUUAUCAUGCCAGACAGAUUUGAGUAUGAAUUUUAG